AUGGCAGACUCGCCACAUUUGCAUGGCCGCGGGGCUCAGCAGGUCCCUUCCCCGCCCAGUGCCAACAGCCCCCUCUCACCACCUGGUGCAAGCGGAACCCCGAUCUCAUUCCGAACAAAUGUGAAUCGGGCCAAGACAAAGCGUUGGGUGGAAGCAAAGCAAUAUUCUUAUGACGGUGGGGACUGGGGCGACGAGGAUGAGGAGGAGGAAGAAGAAGAGGAAGCUCCGCCGGUGCCUCAGCCUCCUUAUGCCACUCAUAGAACCGGUAGCUCAUCUGAACUGAGUUCUCGGCGUCUAUCCGGGCUCGUUGAAGAGUCACGGAGUAGUCCUUCGGCUGAGGCCAAAGUGGCUAGCCCCAGCGGGGGUGACCAGGGUGCUGCACCUUUCAUCCGACCCGCCGACAUCUAUAAACGGAUGCGCGAGGAGAAGGCACCUCAUCGCGAGGCUGCAGUAGACUCUGCACGCCCAGGCGAUGCUCCUGGCAGUGUUCCUUUCCAUGCACCCAUCCCGGGUAGUGACGAGCCGAAGUCCGAAAGGUUUAAUGCCCCCUCCGUCGGACUACCCGAAGUCAAGCGAGUUUCCGGCUUUGGGACCGACUUGUUCAGUGGCAACAACUCGAGUUUCCAACAAAACGCGAACCCCGAGUCCCAGGAGCCAUCUUUGCAGCAUAACCCUUCUCAAGGGUUCCGAUCGGUAGUCCACCAGGCGUUCGAUGUUCCGGAAACUCCCAACUCCACCACAGGAAGUGUCGAGCGGUCUAAUAGCGAUGGCACUUCUGUGGUUAGUCCGAUCAUGAGCAGUCGUGGUUUGAGUGACGACAAGACCCCCACUAUCCCAGAGGAGCCUCACGAGUCAGGCUCCCCAUCUGCUUCUAAGGAAGCUGCGAACUACGGACCCGUGUUUAAGCCAGGCCACCGGCGGGACUUGAGCCUUCCCAGCAGUGAUAACAGUCCCUCGAAGAAGCCCGUGGUCACCGACCACGCAACCCCCACGGCAGGCCAGGCAGAAAUGUCGUCCGUUUCCCCUCACCCGCUUCAGCAUUCCUCGCCGGAAUCCUCGCAGCAAUCACCAGACACAGGAGUCUCCUCCAAGCGAGCAUCCAUGCACCCGCCUUCGAAUACAGCCGAGAGGGACUUGCCUGCACCUCUCAAGCUUGGUAACAACCCGGCACCAGGCUCUGAUGGAUAUCAUGGCGAAAUACCCAUAAUUGUCCCUGCGAGUGCAGGCAACUCUCCGCAGGAUACCGACAACGACCGGUUGAGAGAGGAGAUCAUUCGAUCACUGAGCAGGGAAAACACCCCCGAAGAACCCGAGCAAGUGGGCCAGCAGACUCGGCCGCAGCCAUCUCACGAAGAGUCUACUCCACACCAGCCUGGGAAUUAUUUGGAUGGUCAGGGUGGACCUAGCAUUGAUGAUUCUUCCAAGACUCCGGUCUUAGAAGGCCAUCCGGAAUCGGCGCUCGCACAUCCUUCGGCACCGGUCGGCCAACCAAAGAAACCGAAGCUGGAAAGACGGUUCUCGUGGGAAUCAUCUGACGAGGAUGAUCCUGAGCCGCAAAUUCCCGGUAGCUAUUCUUCCCCGCCUCCUUUUAAUGAAGCUUUGGCCACUCAAGAACCGGUGCCUCUGCCCGACGAAGGGACCCCUCCGCCUCCAGAAACAGUAUCCCCCGACCUAGCCUCGGAUGAUUUUGACAGGGACGGUGACCAGCCAGUCGUUGAGAAGCCUAGGCUUUCAAUCAUACCUCCAGUGGCGGAGAGCGGUUCGCCGCCAGAGCAGGUGAUUCCGGCGGAUCCCUCCAUCCAUUCCCGAGAGGCACCUUUGCCUGCGACUAUCGAAAAGUCAUCCAUCGAUGAGUCGAGCUUGCAGGGAUUCCGCGACAUCCUCGGUAUCAAAAUUCCAGAUGGGCGCAUUCGGGCGUUCAGCCAUACCAGGGAUCAGUUUGCCGUUCUUGACACUGGUCUUGACCAGUGGCUCUCUUUCAUGGUCCACGAGCACCCCGAUCAUGCGGAUGUGGUUCAGCAGAGUCAGAGUCUGUCUUCCGCAGCGCCUCGUACCUCUCCAUCAAGAAGCCGAUUCCCCAAGUUGACGUCCUUCGGCACUCUCAGCUCCGUGGGUGACAGCACUCCGACCAGCGCCAGCCAUAUCCGACGUCCUUCGGGACAUCUUGGAACUGUGAUGAACAGGCAGAAUGUGGAGCAGCGUGGGAAGGAAUUCCUGCACACGGCCGGCACAUUCAGUGGUAAGGCAGGCGAGGCCGCUAAGGGGCUGUUUGCCAAGGGAAGAAGCAAGUUCCGACCUGGAGGGACCGACAAGGGUCAAUCGGCAACUGCGCGCAAGAGUCUGCAGUUGUUGUCAUCAGGCUCGGAAAAGUCCCAUGGUAACUCUUCCCUUCGGAACUCCGUCACCUUUGGCAGUCUGCCCAUGUUCAAAUCUGGUCGACAAGAGGGCGCCUCUGGUGAUCCGGCUAAUCUAGACGAUUCGGAAGCGAGCGCGUCCAAGCGGUUGACGGUAGCCCAGUUGGGGGGACUCUCACGUCCUACACCGAGUACAGACAAGGAACUACCAUUAUCCCCUGAUUCGGCUCGACGGGCGAGCGAAGGCGCUCCCCGGAAUACCGAUUUCGCGGGCGACUUGGAGCAGGAGAUGAUCGCUGCUCUCGGUCUCUCUCCGACUGAAACCCGUCCUCAGCAGCCGGCAGCCACCUCGUCGACGUCGCAUCCUGGCGAGAUCCUGGCUCAGGGUCAAUCUGCGCGAGCUUCCACUGGUCUGUCCAGGGACGGGGCACCUACUUGGAAGUCUGUCGGCUUUGCUCCGCCGAAGAAAUCCCCAAGCACAGACAAAAGCUUGCCAGCGAUUCCUACCGAGGACCCCGAUUCUCCUGUUUCUCCGGGGGCGAGCAAUCCCCAAGACCAACUUGUUCAGGAUGCGGCGGAGGCUACUGCAUCAUCCAUACGUCCUGUGGAUGAGGACGUCAAGCCGCCUCUUCCUCCAAAGGACUAUGCGUUUUUAGCUCCACGCCAGGCAUCGGUAUCAACGCUCGGGACAGACGAACGGAACACAAAUCGCCCAUCUCAGUCAAAUUCCGAUAGCGACCCGCCCUCUCCAUUGCAACCGCCAUCAAAGGAAUCCGACGACCCCUUGUACAGCAAGCCAGUUUCGGAAGCCAACACAUCGAACGUCUCCCUCCCAUCCGAUGAGCAAAACACCUCGAGCUACGAGCCGAUCUACCCACAAAGACCCCAAAGCUCUGCACAGGUCCUGGAGUCCAAGCGCAAGUCGAUCAGUGGCAUCCUCCAGUCCGUUCCGGGGGUCCAAAGCCCCUUGAGGAAUGAAGUCAGGUAUUCGCCCGGCACGCGGAGCAGCAUGAUGAGCUUUGGCAGCUUCGGCAAGCAGAGUGCCAAUAGCAAGGGAACGCGCCCGCCGACUCCUGCCAAUGAUCUGGCUCAGCCCACGGAUCCGGAGUCACCGGUACAGAAUGAGGCAUCUGCCAUGGGCAAAUUGAAGAGCUUCGGGAAGCGUCGCCGGGCUUCGAUGGGCGAUAUCCUCUCUGGGUUCCAGGGAGGACAGGAGAAACUGAUCUCUGGGAUUCAAGGCGGGCAAGAGAAACUCCGCUCUGGGAUCCAGACAGGCCAGGGCAAACGGGCCUUUAGCAGGAUCAGUGGAAUCUUCCACCGACAGCAGGACUCUCAGCGCCCAGAAAACAGAUCAACAUAUCUCACCAAGGGCGAUGCUACACCUCGAGGAAGCCACGAUCUAACGCCCUCGUCAACAAACGAAUCCACGCGCUCCGGUAACCCCUCUGGAAACAAGUCUGGUUUAUCGUACCAUGCUCCCGAAUCCGAGACGCCUGCGUCACAGCGCUCAGACCAAUCGACGCCUCAGCCACGCGACCCUCGUCAGCGUGCUAGUAUGCCGCUUCCCCCUUCAGCUUCUUUCAAUCCUCUUGCUUCUAGAUCGAGUCGGUUCUAUUCGCAGCUCCAGGCUGCUGCGGCGAACGGAACUGUGAAUACCUUGCAGAGUCCUGGUGAACAAACACAGUCUGUGCUGUCAAAAUCCCGGACACCGUCGCCUCCUUCGAACUCUGAUACUGGUGCUGCCUCGGUGCCGCAGUCGCUGCCGAAAUUACAGGAACAGCCGGAUGAAGAGCCGGGUGAGGUGCCAACUGAAAAGCAGCAGCCUGAAGAGAAAGAGACACAGUCAGAGCAGGAGGGUCAGAAGGUAGAGGAGCAGGAUGUUCAGCCCCAGGAGCAGAAGCCAGAGGAGCAACAGCAACAGCAAGAAACUCAACCGGGGCUCAAGGACCAGGAAUCCCAGUCGCAGGAGCACUGCCCAUCGCAGCAGGAGAAUCAGCAGUGUCAGGACAAGAGUCCCCAAAAUCAGACCCAGGAACCGAAGCAGCACAAAGAUCUCCCUGUGCAAGACCCUCAACCAGUCUACGAGCUAGAGCAGUCUUUGGUGGUGCAAGAACUCCAACAAGAAGCUCAGCAAGAGACAAAGAAAGACUCCCAGCCUCCGCUGUCAGUCCUUCACCCUCAACUCAGUGUCCGGUCCCGGAAACCCGUGGGAUCUCCUGUAUCAGCGAGCUCUUCUGAGGGUCAAGCAACGCCCAAGGACACCAAGGACACCACCGUCCCCGACGCCUCUACGGCUUCCACAGUUCCUCAAGAAAACAUCGAAACCCAGGCCUCGAAUGACUUGCCCAGGCGCGCAGAGCCAGCCGCCACCAAAGACGACUCCAGUGAGGAGAUUGUCAUGUCCCCGACAGCCUAUCCAGGGCAGGAGUGGACCCCGAUGCAUUUCUAG